AUGAUCAUGUCUCCCACCACCAAUCUCUACCUCUCCAUCCUCCUCCUCUCCUCCACCGCCUCCUCCGACGACAUAGGCAUCAUCUUCGACUUCAUAAUAAACCUCACCAACACACAAACCCUAAACUGGGACACCGUCCCACCGCCCCUCUGCGUCGGCAACUCCUCCAACUGGACCGCCGUCAUAUGCAGAAACAACUGCAUCAAAGGCCUCCAACUCGAGAACAUGAGCCUCUCCGGAACCAUCAACGCCCCCGUCAACCUCUUCAGCCUCAGCCUCGCCAACAACAGCUUCUCCGGCCCCUUCCCCGCCGAUAUAAGUAAGCUCACGAGGCUCAGGCGCCUCUAUCUCAGCCACAACAACUUAAGCGGUUCCAUACCCGACAAGGCCUUCAUCGGGAUGACGGCGCUACAAGAGGUGUAUUUGGCAAACAAUGGCUUUGUGGGGAAGAUUCCGAGUAGCUUGAUAAGGGUGCAGCAGUUGUCGAAUCUCUCGGUUCAGAAUAACCAGUUUGAAGGGAAGAUUCCAGAUUUUUGGCAGGAGGGCAACCUCGGCCUAUGCGGCGCUCCUCUCUCUCCAUGCCCGAAGAUAUGGUACAAGAAAACCGCAUUCAUCGCCGCCACAUCCGCCGCCGCCUUGAUCUCCAUCCUCCUCCUCCUAUGGCGCCGCCGACGAACACGGCCGCUGAGAUACCAGAAAUCAGUGAACCAAUUCAAAAACGAAGCUACAAAAACAGAGAAUAUCAAUGCAAUUCACAACAAAACAGAGGAGCAAGGGAAGAUUCAAUUCGUGAGGAGCGGGAGAGAGAGAUUCGAGCUCGAAGAUCUGCUGAAAGCCGCCGCAGAGGUUUUGGGAAGCGGAAGCUUCGGAUCUUCUUACAAAGCUCUGCUUCUCACCGGAAAGCCCUACGUUGUGAGAAGCUUGGCUAGCCACCUCCACGGGAAAAGAAAACCGGACCAACCCGGGUUGGACUGGCCGACUCGCUUGAGAAUCGUGAAGGGCGUGGCGAGGGGGCUCGCGCAUCUGUAUGCAGAGUUCCCGUCGCUCGCGCUCCCCCACGGCCACCUGAAGUCCUCGAACGUGCUGCUGGAUGGCUCGUUCGAGGCAGUAGUCUCAGACUACGCGCUGGCCCCUGUGAUCAACAGGGUGACGCGGAAGACGGACGUGUGGAGGCUGGGGAUCCUGAUACUGGAGGUGCUAACGGGGCGGUUCCCGGCCAACUACCUGAAGAAAAACAAAGAUGAAAAUAUAGAUAGUGAUUUCAUCACUUUGUCAACUCUUGACAUGAUUAACAAGAAAAUGGAUUCAAAAUUUUCUUCAAAAGUUUAG